AUGGCAAAUUACAGACCUGAGGACCGGGAUGGUCUGCCUCCAAUUGGCUUCAUCGCCGUGGAAUGUUUCUUCUAUCGUCCUGCUGGUGAUGCGUUCAGUGAGUUCACAUGGAAUUUUCCUAUUAUUCGAGAGCUUGCCGAGGGCUCCAAGGAAGGUGUGCUUGUGUCAAAGGAUGAAUAUAAUGAGGAAUUUAUUGAGAGCUUUGUGGCUGCGGGCAAGAGAUUAGCCGAUAGAGGCGCUUGUGGAAUCAUCACCAGCUGCGGUUUUUUGGCCAUAGUACAAACCCUUCUCGCUGCGAGACUCCCUAUCCCCGUUGCAACCUCUUCUCUCAUCCAGAUCCCUUCCAUCCUCGCUUGGCUUGUACCAAACCAAAAAAUCGGAAUCAUAACCUACAACGCUGACGAAUUGGGACCCUUACAUUUCGAGCGUCUCGGAAUUCCAAAAGAGAAUGCCGCUCGCUGCUACAUCCGCGGCGCUCCCGCAGGAGGCCAUCUACAGCGACUAGUCCGCAUGCAGAGCCCCUACGACUUCGAUGCCAUCGAGACUGAAAUGAUCGAUGCAGCAAAAGGCCUCGUUGCGGACCACUCUGACAUCGGCGCAAUUGUGCUUGAGUGCACGCAGAUGCCACCGUUUGGGCAGUCGGUUCAGAACGCUGUGAAUUUGCCUGUGGAAGUCGCCACCAGCAAGAUGUUUAUGCUCCGAAACGUGAGCAAAUAUCUCUUCGGAGACGCUUCGAAAGAGGCCAUCAUCGACAUUCCCCAAGGCCAACUAUACCUCGUCCGUCCCCUGUCGCCAAAGGGAUACUCCGAGCUGAUCUUCAAAGACGCCGUCGCUACCAUUCGUCGGACAGGACAAGAGUUUCAGUACCAGCUUGUUGUCCAACGGGCUUACGAGGAAGGAGAGGAAGAGCUCGCCGAAGAGGAAGACGAAGAAGGAGCCGCUGACGCACUAGAUAAGGACGAAAGGGUCUUCUUGCUCGAUCAAGCUCUUCACUUUCGAUCGGUCGUUCGAGACGGCGGAGAAAAGGUUCUUGCCUGGAGAGAUUUAAGUGGCGAUCCCGGUGAUUUGUACGAAUUUGUCUGCGACUCCUCCGUUUCGCCAGAUAAAGUCGCGACCUUUGAAUCUGCUGCGGUACAGUGCCAGUACGAGAGGAAAUACCGAAGAAGCUUCCAGCAGGCAACCGAAGAGGAGUUGCAAGAGUUUUCAUUCGAAGAAGAUAGUCCUAUCCCAUCGGCAAGCCCGAUUGAUUCACCACGGGGUCCAAGCGCAGCCGAAUCUACAGCAGCUAUGGCGAAGGACGUGGAGUACGCAACAAAGAAAGGCAUAAUCAAGCCUAUUGGGGAGACUACCGCGGUACCAGUGGCAGGUAACGUGCCAGAGGCCCGAGAAAUCCUUGCCAAAGAACGUGCAGAGCUGCAUAUGUUCGAUUUUGCUUCCGGUACUUUUAUUUUACAAGACAGCGAAGUCAUUGCGACGGUUUCUGAGAUUGGUAACUGGCAGUAUUGGCUUCAAAUUACUGGCAAUGAGAAAGAAUGGCUUGGCCAGUCUGUCGUUGGCGACAUCAACCCCGUGUUCAAUUUUGAGUACCUUUCAUUCAUCUUCAACCACUACGCAGAUGAUGGCUCAGCAUACUCCUGGCUCCUUAGAUUCAAGGACCAACCGACGGAAGAGAGGUUUCAAGAAGGUCUUAUGCAGGCACUAUGGGAACAGUUGAAUGAGAUCAAAUGGGAGAAGCAAAAGGAAAAUGAUCGCGACUAUGUUCUUGAUGCCUUCCAGGAUCUUACUAUGGAGGAUCAAGAGCCCGAAAAGGAAGAAGAGGCGGAGGAGGAAGAGGAAGAGGAAGAAGAAGAUGAGGGCCAACGAAGCGAACACUAUGAUACUGACGAAGAAGAGGAUGAUGUGCUUACCGGUCUUCGUGAUGAGAACGUCAACUCUCAGCUUGCUGUUGGUUACAAGCACGAUCGGUCAUUUGUCGUCCGAGGCUCUAAGAUUGGUGUAUUCAAGCACACCCCUACUAACAACCUCGAAUUUUCGACAAACAUUUCCAAAGUGGAGACACCUGGCGGCAAACUGUUCAGCCCUAAGAAAGUCAUGCUUCAUGCCGAAGACUCGAAUAUGAUUUUGCAGGAUGGAACGAACCCUAAUGCUCUGUAUCGUAUGGAUCUCGAGUAUGGCAAAGUUGUUGAUGAGUGGAAGGUCCACGAUGACAUUGGUGUCACUACAUUUGCCCCAGAACAGAAGUUUUCUCAGAUGACGGGGGCGCAACCAUUUUUGGGUGUCUCGAACAAUGCUCUCUUCCGAGUUGAUCCACGUCAAUCGGGCAACAAGUUAGUUGAUGCUAACUUGAAGCAAUAUGCCAGCAAGAACGAUUUUUCUGCUGCCGCAACAACAGAGAAGGGUUAUAUUGCUGUCGCCUCCAACAAGGGUGAUGUUCGUUUGUUUGACCGUCUUGGAAUCAAUGCCAAGACCCAUAUUCCAGCUUUGGGUGAGCCGAUUAUUGGUCUUGACGUUUCUGCUGAUGGUCGAUGGGUUUUGGCCACUUGCCGCACCUACUUGCUCUUGAUUGAUGCUAUGCAAAAGGAUGGCAAGAAUGAAGGCAAGCUUGGUUUCGAAAAGUCUUUUGCCAAGGACUCUAAGCCCCAGCCUCGCCGUCUAGGUCUGCAACCAGCUCAUGUUGCUCAAUUCCAACAUGAGACCAAGCAGCCUUUGGCAUUUACACCUGCUCGAUUCAAUACAGGUGUGGACAGUGAAGAGACUUCUAUCAUCACCGCAACUGGUCCUUUCAUCAUCACCUGGAACUUGAAGAAGGUUCUCGCCGGAAGGAAGGAUCCUUACACCAUCAAACGCUACGGUGAGAACGUCAUGGCCGACAACUUCCGUUUUGGCUCAGACAAAAAUGUCAUUGUUGCUCUUCCAAAUGAAGUCAACAUGGUUCAAAAGAAGAGCUUCAAGAAACCGACUCGAGAGAGCAUUGCAGGCCCUAUGACUCCAGCACGUAAGAGCGCGGCUCACCGUUUGGGUCGGAACGAUAUUGUCAACUCUCCUUACUAG